CCUUUUCCUCUUUCCUUUUCAGCUUUUGAUUCGGAAUUUUUUUUAUUAGAACGUGUUCACGCUAUUCUUCUCGUUGGGUCUCGCCACGAUCACUGUCGUUUUAGCUGCUAAAAGUGCAAAUCUUCACAAAAUCAUACAUUUCAGGAUGAGCAAGCCAAGCACUCCAGCUCCAGCCUCUGCUGACCAAAAUGGCGAUUCCGCCACCCGACAGACUGCCCAGACUACUGAAACUCCCGCGAGUUUGCUUUCUGCUGUGGGAAAUGGUGCACCGAAUAUGGCGGGAUUUACCCUCAACCGCGAUAUGGUCCCAUUCUUCCCCUACCAACUCCAAAAUCCGAUGCUCCAACCACCACAAAACUCUUUGGAAAAUGCGAUUGUGCACUCACUGGGUACUCUGGCUGCUCAGUCAUCCAUGUUUGGGCAGUUGUGUGAGAAGAUGCUAAAAGCCCAAGAAGAAGCUCGCGCCGAUCAACGAUCCAUUCGCGAAGAGCAUCGAGCUGAAAGAGAGAAGGCCGACGAGCGGAGCCAGCAAAAUAUGGAUAAGAUGAUGGCACUUGUCCAUUCUCUCGUGGAACGUGUCGAUAGGAGCCACGCUUCGUCAUAUGAUGUGGUUGGUCAAAAGAAUCCAUCGUCCAGCUCCCUCAAACCAGCGAAAAGAGUCAAGUCUGCCGUUGUUCGUCAAUCCAAUUUAGCCAAGCGGACCGGAGCACCUGUUGAUGCUGCAAAGGAGUUGAAAAAGAUUCGAGAUGAGGAAAACAGAAACCAUGGACGAUCUGCUGAAAGAGAUAAUGUGUUCAUCGGUGCAGUGCUGGUGGGGAAAGGAUCUCAGUACGAUAAGGAUCUUGAAAAAUUCAAGAGCUUCCGAUGCAGGACCUGCAAUGAAGUUUCCCAGACGAAGGAGCAGCUCGUGGAUCACUUUUCAAACAACCACGCCGGCGAACUUGGGGCGAGAAGGUCACUGCGAAUAAAGCAGACCUCGUGUUAAAUUUCUUUUUUAAUUUAUAUUCGUUUUUGUUUUAAAAUUUAAGCUUUUUUGAUACAAAUAAAUUUUAUAGUAAAUAAAUCUUGUUUCUCCU